AUGUCAGAUGCUGCCAUGAACACCAGCUCCGAGAUCACCACCAAGGACUUGAAGGAGAAGAAGGAGGUCGUGGAGGAGGCAGAGAACGGCAGAGACGCCCUCGAGAAUGGGAACGCUAACGAGGAGAACGGCGAGCAGGAGGCCGACAACGAGGUAGAUGAGGAAGAGGAGGAAGGCGGGGAGGAGGAGGAGGAGGAGGAGGAGGAGGAAGAAGGUGAUGGUGAGGAAGAGGAUGGAGACGAGGAUGAGGAGGCAGAGGCAGCUACGGGCAAGCGGGCAGCUGAGGACGACGAGGACGACGAUGUGGAUACCAAGAAGCAGAAGACCGACGAGGAUGACUAGACAGCAAAAAAGGAAAAGUUAACUAAAAAAAUGCCACCGUGACCUAUUCACCCUCCAC